CCCCCACAAUGACUAAAGGCAUGGCGGUCUGAUUGUAGGGAAUCCAAGCUUUCCAUGGUUCUCUAAUGCAUAAAUGGGUUUCAUGUUCGGCUUGCACAAUCGUGUUGAAUUCAAGCAACCGGUUCUGUCCACUCUUGCUCGAUUUUUGACAUCCAACUCCGGUUGAAAGCCAACCCUCGCACCAUGUCGAGCUGUGACUGCGAGAAGAAGGCCACAAAUGGGGGAAACUGCGACUCUUCCUGCAAGGAGAAUGAAACUGCUUCCUUCGUCGAGAUGAGCCCAAGCCCCAGCAUGGUGUUCGGACCAGUAGUGCUUGCUUCUAAGGGCGCCGGAGUUGAAAGUACUGACGCUAGUCUCACUCAGUCUGAGUUUUAGCGGUAACUAUGGACGAAUGAUUGUACAGGAAAUAAGAGAAAACAUCCUGAGCGUUCGCAUCCGACUACUAGCAGUAUGUAAAUGACGAUGCAUAGAGUUCAAAAUAGAAUUUAAUUUAGUGGGAACUUUCCAAAGUGUUUGGACGACUUAUCGAAGCAUCAUAGUACGCGGCUCUAGAUAACAACCUUUUACGAUUUAUAUCAUGAGAUGCUAGCGUGAUGCAAAAGGACUCUCAUGAUCAUCCGUAUGGAACAAAUUUCCAGUGUAAACUUAAGGGAAAUCUCACGGUUCACCAAAAAUAUCUUCAGCAUUUAAGUAAUAAAGUGUAUUAAAUUUUAUAGGUUUCUU